CGCAAUUUGGUGGUAGGGAGGGGACCCAAGCAACAGCAGUGGUAGGAAAGAGGAGGAAGCAGGGAUGGUAGAGUCACACCUCUGAAGCAUUCAAAAAACCCAAAGGAUGAUGAGAACCUCGAUGACCUUUCUAGUCUGAACUGGCUUCAAACCGAACUGAGGGGAAUCGUCUGCAGUUCAAACAACUAGGUGGCCCAUGGCUGCCAUCACCACUCCUGUCAAGUCACAGCUUCAAAGGAUUUACUCCCCUAUGGCGUUCUGAGAAACGAAACCGCUUGGAUCACAGGGAUUGAUUUGUGAAGUAAAUGUAUAGGCCCACACAGGUAUGUAUCAGCUGGUGUGUUUAUAAAGGUCGUCUCCUACUCUUAUCCCUCUCCACGCCUACUUGUCGGUUGACUGCUUUUUUGAGGGAAAACUCCAAACAAACCAAGGAGAGUGACAGUUGGGGAGUUGCGGUCCCAUGAGAGACUCCGCAGGGGGACCGACAAUCACGGCGACGCCAUGAGUAGUACUUUAGGGAACAAAGACAAAGACUGGAAAGAGAAGGACCUGAAAGGAGGUCCGACAGGAGGGAAAGAAAAGGAAAAAGAGGCCAAGGCUCUGGCUGGUUUAGGCGGCAAGGAUCCCAAGGCCAAAGGGAAAGACGCCAAAGAAGGAAAGAAGGAUGCAGGUUCCGCGUCGCCUGCCGUCGCCUUCUCCGUGGACAACACGAUAAAGAGGCCCAACCCGGCGCCGGGGACACGCAAGAAGUCCAGCAACGCCGAGGUGAUCAAAGAGCUCAACAAGUGCCGUGAGGAGAACUCCAUGCGUCUGGACCUGUCCAAGCGUUCCAUCCACAUGUUACCCACCUCCAUCAAGGAACUCACCCAGCUGGCAGAGCUCUACCUGUACAGCAACAAGCUCCAGAGCCUCCCCUCAGAAGUGGGCUGCCUGUCUGGCCUGGUCACCUUAGCCCUGAGUGAGAACUCUUUAACCAGCCUCCCAGAGUCCUUGGACUCCCUGAAGAAGUUGAGGAUGCUGGACCUGAGGCAUAACAAACUGAGGGAGAUACCGGCGGUGGUUUACCGGGUGACGUCACUGACCACACUGUACCUGAGGUUCAACCGGAUCACGGCGGUGGAGAGGGACAUCCGGAACCUGGCGAAGUUGACCAUGCUCAGCAUCCGUGAGAACAAGAUCAAACAGCUGCCUGCCGAGAUAGGGGAGCUCUGUAACCUCAUCACCCUGGACGUAGCUCAUAACCAGCUGGAACAUCUACCCAAGGAGAUCGGCAACUGCACCCAGAUCACAAACCUGGACCUACAGCACAACGAGCUACUGGACCUACCAGAAACUAUAGGUAACUUGGCAAGCAUAAACCGCUUGGGUCUGCGGUACAACCGGUUGUCAGCCAUCCCCAGGUCGUUAGCCAAGUGCAGAGAACUGGAAGAGCUCAACCUAGAAAACAACAACAUCUCCGUGUUACCAGAAGGUCUCCUGUCUAGUCUGGUGAAUCUGACCAGUCUAACCCUGGCGAGGAACUGUUUCCAGUCCUACCCGGUGGGAGGACCCUCCCAGUUCUCCACCAUCUACUCUCUCAACAUGGAGCACAACCGCAUCAACAAGAUCCCCUUUGGAAUCUUCUCCAGGGCCAAAGUCCUCAGCAAACUCAACAUGAAGGACAACCAGUUGACGUCUCUGCCUCUAGACUUUGGCACGUGGACCAGUAUGGUGGAGCUCAACCUGGCCACCAAUCAGCUGACAAAAAUCCCUGAGGACAUCUGCGGUCUCGUUUCGCUUGAGGUCUUGAUAUUGUCUAACAAUCUUCUCAAGAAGUUGCCACAUGGUAUUGGCAACCUGAGGAAACUACGGGAGCUCGACUUGGAGGAGAACAAGCUGGAAUCGCUCCCGAAUGAAAUCGCUUACCUGAAAGAUUUACAGAAACUAGUGUUGACCAAUAAUCAGCUGACCACGUUGCCCCGUGGGAUCGGUCACCUCACCAACCUGACCCACCUGGGUCUGGGAGAGAACCUGCUGCAGCACCUGCCAGAGGAGAUCGGUACACUGGAGAACUUGGAGGAGCUGUACCUCAAUGACAACCCCAACCUGCACAGCCUCCCGUUUGAGCUGGCCCUGUGCAGCAAGCUGUCCAUCAUGAGCAUCGAGAACUGUCCUCUCAGCCAUCUGCCCCCGCAGAUCGUCGCUGGGGGCCCCUCCUUCAUUAUCCAGUUCCUCAAGAUGCAGGGGCCCUACCGGGCCAUGGUCUGAUAGGGCCCGGAGGCCAAGAUUGUGGUCUGAGGGCCCAGAAGGAGGCCAUGGUCUGAGAGCUGAUUUGAUGGCAGAUAUACCAGGCCCACGCAGGGCCCAUGAUCUGACAACGGACCACGCCCAUAAUUGGAUAGACCACGCCCAUAUUCUGAAGGCCGAAGCCCACCCAAUCACUUACCUAUCCAACUACGUGUGUCAUACACUGUAAAAAAAAUAUUUACAAAUACAUCAUAACAAAAACAAACUAAAUGUACAAAAAGAGGAAAACAUUUUCGGUUCAUACAUUAUCUAUCUAUAUGCGGAAAAAAACUAAACAAGUACAUUUAUAUUGAGACUGUGCUCCAGCGUUCCUGUUGAGGAAUCAUAGCCAUUUAGAAGGCCAACUUCUCCAAUAUUUUAUUCCCGAAUCAUGUAAGACAACUUAAAGGGUCAUUACAUAACUUUUUUUUUUUUUUACAUUAUAUUCAUUAAUUCCAGCACCAUAUGAUACAUAAUCUGUUUUCAUGCAUAUGAAGACACUGGUAUAGUGCUGGAGGUAAUGAAUAGGAGAUUAACAAGUGGUGGAAUUGCCCUUUAAUAUCUCUACCACCUUUUGCCAAACCGGAUCAUGUAUAUUGAGUAACAGUGAGCUAAAGUGGCUAUGAUUCUUUUAACAUAGAAACCAGAUUCCCAAUGCCAACAUAUUUACAGUAAUUAGGUAUGUAUAUUAGGAGAGCUUAGGAUACAACUAUUGUAUGCAAAAAUCUUUGAAACUGUAAUUUUUACUGCUGCUGCCAUUAUCAAUGUUCAUUUUGUCAUGUCUUUUUCUUUUUGAUAUGUGUAUAUAUUUUUACCACUCGACUAAAGAUUUGUUAUCGUGAGGUUUGAGGUUAAAGAACAAAGGUCUAAUGUUUUUAAUUUCACAUUAAUACGUAAAAAAACAGUGCCUAUAUGCCCGGGAAGGUCCACUGGUUUUUCUGACGCUCUAAACACAAUUGUCCAUUAUACAAAGGUAUCAUUUAGUAAAACAAAUUCUUUCUAGAAUUAUGGUAUUACUUUUUCCAUUUGUUUUAUAUUAGUUCUAUCAUAGUUGGAUGACAAUGAUUCUAUGUAAUAAAGCGGUAAAGUAUACAUUUGAAUCAAUGGCGUUCGGAGGUUUUACAUUUAAAAAAUAAGCAGUCAUCUUUAAACAGUAAGCUAGUAAUAUAUAAAAUAAAUGUGAAAUCUUUAAUGCUUUAAAAAAUGGACUUAACAAGUUUGACUCAAACCUUUCCAAAAUAGGCAGUAAUGUUGCCCUCAUGUUUUAAGAUAUUAGAUUUGUUUUUGCUUUGAGAAAAAAUAACAAAAAUAGUUAAACUAUAAAAAGACAGGUGAUCUGUAGUGAUUUUUAUAUAUUCUAUAAAUACUGAUUGUUGCCUUGAGUGCAAUUGAGUCAUUGUAAUGUUUACUUUUUUGCUAUGUCUUCAGUGUUGGGGCUGUCAUACAACGUGGAAACGAUUGACCAACAACAACAUAUCAGGAACGUUGAAGGAAAGGUGUCAAUAUAGCUAAUGACUAACGUUGCCAUGGUUACGGUCGUUAAGGUAUGCCAAAAACACGAAUCAAAACCCAUUGUUGUCAUUUUACAUCCAGUUUCUUUGACUGCUUUUUUAAUACGCCUCUUCACGAGAUCUGAAAGUUUGUUACUUGGCUUCCUUUUUUUUGUUGUCCCACACUGUCCCAGCAAUGAUGCUGUUCUUAUGCACUUUCUAAAUGACAUUGGCAUCAUCCUCUUAACAAUGACAAUAUCCUUAUCUCCAUGGUUACGUUGAACUGGGGCAUUUUUGUUUCACAGUGAAGAAGUAUUUUAUCUCUGAACAGUUUAUCAUGUAUAUUUUAUAAUGGUGUCAAAUGAAUAUUAAGGAUGAGAUGACAAGCUCAAAAUAAAUCUAAACUAGUAAGUAUGUGGAGCGUCGAAUUCAAACGUUUUGGCUUUCGUCCUAUCAAUCUUGAUGGAAAAUAUUAGCUUGAACUGUGUAUGUCCAAUAAGGGUCUUAUUGAUAUGUUUCAAAAUGUAUUAAAGUACCCCAUAUCUUGCUCAUAUGUACUACAAGCAAAAAUGUUUUGUCAAAUUAUUGCAAUUCAUUGAGAUCCACAUUGUAAAAUGUAAAUCAUUUUCUGUUACUAUAAUUUUUUUGACACUGUAUUGGGUUAGUAUUAUAUCACGUGACUGUACAUUAAAAUCCCAACUAAGGUAGAUCAAACCAAAAGCUUUUUUGGUUUUGGAAAUGAA